UUGUUUGGACGCCCUCGGCUCUCUACUUCUCUUGGCGAGAGCACGCUCACAACUCUCACAGGUCACAACGCUCCUUACCCUCUAGGCCACAGCACGCCCCGCACUGAGGAGGCGCGCGGCGGCCAUGGCGAACGACGACGACCAGGACAUGGCCAUCGACGAAAUGAUGGUGGAGACGGAGGGGCUGAAGGUCCUUGCCGUGGACGACGAUCCCGUCUACCUCCGGACCUUGACGCAAACACUUCGGCGCUGCGGCUACGAAGUGACGGCUAAGCCAUCGCCGGCAGAGGCGCUGAAAGAGCUGGAGAAGAACCCUGACGGGUUCGACUUCGUCAUGACGGCCGCGCUCACCCGGGGCCGAGGGAUGGACGGCUUCGACCUCCUCAACCGGAUCGGGGAACGCUACCCAGUCGUCAUCCUGUUCUCGGGCGAGGAGAGCAUGGAGACGAGGAGGAGGGGGACGCAGGGAGGCGCUUGCUACUUGGCGGAAAAGCCCAUGCGCGACACGCAGAUAUACAUGAUCUGGCAGCACGUCCUGCGGUGGAGGAGGGAGAAUGCCGCCGGCGUAGUCGCGGCGAACGCUAACCCUCGCCCCAGCAGCGAGGGCGGCCAUCUGGAAGACACGCCGAGGAAGAGAGGGCGUGGGGUGAACGAUUCUGGCAAGGGCAAGGGGGCCUCCGACGGCGGCGGCGUCCAGCCGGUGACAAACACCACGAAGAAGAAGAAGUUCGAGUGGACUUCAGAGAUGCACGAGUUGUUCGUCAGUGCGGUCACCCAGCUCAAGGAAACAGGAGGUGACACGCCAAACAAUAUAAGAGAAUUUUUGGAGGUUGACGGUAUAUAUCUAACUACAACUCAAGUCAGUAGCCAUCUGCAGAAAUACAGAAGGGAUUGUCGUACUGGUGGGCAAUCAACCAUGCCAAGUUCUAGGCCAUCACAUUCUAAUAGUACUUCCAAGAACUAUUUGGAAUCUCAAGAAAGUGAGGGAACUUACAGACUCCAUAUGAGAUCCCAGGGUGCAAGAGAUAUUAACCAAACCAGUUGGCUAAGCGGUGGUGCAUCACCAGUUAACUAUGGCAUUCUUGGAAAUGGGAACCACACAACUAAUCUUGGUGGAGGUUCUCCUUAUGGGCAUGGUUAUCAUCAUGGUAAUGGCAUUGGCAACAUAAAAGGUUAUGAUCAUCAUUAUGGUACUACCAAUGCUAAUGAUUAUGAUCAUCAUUCUGGUUAUGGCAAUAAUAAUCCUUAUGGUUAUCCUUACGGUAAUUCUAAUAAUAUUUAUGGUAAUGGUAAUGGCGGUCGUGGUGGAGUUAUAACAAGUGGAAGCAUGGUAAGUGUAUCACUGCCGUCCAACCUAGCACCACCAGUACAACAUGGAAUGCAUGGAAAUGCUUUUGCUGGUCAUACCAAUGCAGUGCAGCCUCAAAACCUUGACAAUGUUUUCUUCAACUCGGAGAACACUACUUCUGAAACAGCUGGCACAUCAGGUGGAGGUGGUGUAGUGACAGACGGGAUGAUUCAUGGACUAACUAAGGAGGAAUUUGAAAACCUUAUGAAGCAGUAGGUAGUCAAAUGGAUCAAUGGUUCUUUAAAUCACAAAAAAGUAAGUUUUUUUUCCAUGG